AUGAAAUUAAAAUCUAAUGAAUAUCAGAGUUUAAACUAUUCAUUACAUAAACUUUCAACAGAGAGCAACAAUGGACGUUUAUUAUAUAUAUAUCCAGUUACUUCUCGUUGUGGAGAUGACUGCUUUAUCAUUGUAUUCGAAAGAUCAGUGGGUUUAUUGGUGAAUGAUGAUACGAAAUUGAAACUGGAAUGGAUUGCUAAUAACUUAGCAAGAAUCCAAAAGAUCUCUUUUUCAGAUAAACUUUAUGUGCUUCAAGGAGAAACUCUCACAGCUUAUUCCAAGGAAAAUAUUUCUGUCUGUGAAGUACUUCAUAGUUCUGAAUAUUCGAAAGGCAUUAGACUAUUCAAAAACUCAGAAAAUUUGCUUUUUGACUCACAGCAUAGCACAAGACUAUUUGGUCCAUUACCCAUUACAACAGGGCCUCAAAUAUUAUUUCAAUUUAAUGACCAAUUGAUUGAUUUUACUUCCAAUAAAUGUGGCUCAUUUGCCCUACUUAGGUGUUCCUAUAGCAUGCUUUAUUAUAUUCAAAAAUUUGAAUAUGAGGACCCACGAAUGCAACAUACUCGAGAAGUGUAUCAGCUUGACCAUAGCAAUGGCUACCUGCCAUUGACACCGCAUAAUUUAAAUGAUUCCAAGUGGCUUUUGGUUAUCACUUACAACUACGCUUACUUUUGGGAUUGCGAAACGAUGGAAACACAUAAGUUUGGAAUACCAUCUUUUAUUAAAGAUUGUGUUUCCAAGCGUUCUAAAAUUUACAUUUCUCAGCGUUUCAGUGCACUAGUAUUACAUAUUUGCUCACAGGAUGGCUACAUUUAUAAAUCCGAAUUAAAUCUAGGGGAGAUGCGUAAAUUACAUUGGGUAAAAGUUAAUUUACCACCUUCAUGUAGUAUAGGCAUUCAUGAUUCAUGGCAUUUGGAUUCAGAGAGAUAUAUUCUUUUAAUGGAUUCAGAAUUGGUACUAGUAGAUUUGCAAUCUAAAGAGAAGAAAAGAAUCGAAUACCAAUCUAUUCACAAAGUCAUUUACGAUUCCCAAGUUAUAAGCCCUCCAACUUUACUUGUUUCUAAUAAAAUAAGUGCUGAGACAAUUUCAUGUGGUUCUCUAAUGCAUGAUAAUCCAAUUGGCUUAAUACAUACAGACCUAGAGGUUUUUACUGUAAAGAAGCAAAUAAAGUCUUCUUUGCAACUGCUCGAUGCAUCAAACAUUUGGUAUUCUCUGAAGGGAAUUUUCAUAGAAAACAAUGAGGUCGUAAAAAUGGAAGGUUUUUCAUCAAAAAAGACCUGUGAAAGUUUUAUUACACGCACUGGAACUUUACAUUUCAUACCUAGUUAUGUGUCUCAUGCAACUGUCAUAAAUCGUUUGGGUACUGCUAAUAAAUAUAUUGUCCUAAAGGGUGAUGGUAUUAUCUGCGGUUAUAAAGAGGGCGACUUUGAUAAUUAUAUUUUAAAGUUCGAUGAAAGCUGCAACAUGGCUAGUAAUGUUUUAAUUGCUUCAUAUGAAACUGAACAUAUAUUAAGAAUUGCAGUGUUAAAUGAUAACAUAUUGAAGGAAUAUAAAUUUGAGAGGUGUGAUCGUAAAUGUGAUUUCUAUGAAUUGAAAGAAAGUUACACAAUUGGGGAGUUACCAGUUACUACCACCUCUAUGCAUAUGAAUCAAGAGGGCAUAUUUGUCCUCUCUAACAACAAUUUGCACACUUUUUUACGAUCAACUAAACAGGGCUAUAUAAGCGGCAACGUUAUGAUUAAUGCAGGGUAUCCAUUAAGAUUCUGUGAUAACUUAGAUGGCUCUUUACUGUUGUUUUAUGAUUUUCAACAUAUAUAUAAGUACGAUGCUGGGAUUUUAUUAAAGACAAAUUUACCGUGCGAAACAAAAAAGAUAAUUGUGUUUAACGAAGAAAUCCUUUAUAUACUGGGAAUUGAUUCAAUAUUACGAAAGCUGAUAGUUUCAACUGAACAUAUUCAUAAGGAAUAUCUGGAAAGCGGUUUGGUUUUCACUAGACUACUUACACUUAAAGAGAAGACGUGUGCUGUAAUAGUAGGCAGAAAGCUAAAUGAAUCCAACAUCAAUGAAAAGCUUAUUCUUUUUGAUUACUUGAAGUCUCAAAAUACCAGCGAUUAUUCGUUUUCCGAAGGUGAGAUAAUUACACAUCUUUUACGUUUACCUUCAAAAACUGUGUUUGAGCACGAAAAAUCAGUCAAAUUUAUUGUAGGAACCGUAAGAGAGGGAGGAGGACACACAAUUUAUUUAUUUUCCAUCGAUGAUGGAUAUUUUUCGGUACAAAAUCGUAUACAAUUAAACUGGCUUGUUACUACUAUUGAACCCUGUGGGUCGGUUAUCAUAAUAGCUGGUGAGAAACUACUGGUUUGUUCAAUAUCUGAAAACAAAAAUAGAUGGCAAUUCGAAAAAGGUAAAUUGGCUAUUACUGAAAUAAGAAGCGAACUUGUAAUGGCUGGGGCACUCCAUGAUAGCAUGAUCAUUCUUUUUGACGCUUUCAAGGGUAUUGAAGCUUAUAACCUAACUUCAUCUCCCACUGGUUAUUUCUCUUUAACACCCUCUGAUGUGGCAGCUGGCUAUCCGCGUGUGACACAUUAUUUGAUAUCCCGAUAUGCGUCAUGUUCCAUUCGAUCAAGUGCCACAUAUAAUUUCAAUGCUGCCGCAGUCACUGAUCUAGACGUUCCUAGGUGUUUGGAUACUCAGUCGUUGUUUUUGGAUACGUCAAUUACAUUCAUUAUGAUAAGCGAUGCGAAGGGAUGCCUCUACCUGUACCAAUUUUCUCCUUUCAGUGUGUUAUAUGGGAAGAAUUUCUGUUCUUUUACACUCAGCAAUGAAAUCAUGGCUAUUUCGCCAAUACCACAAAACCCAUUGCAUAAUCUGGACAGUCCUAUACCAUUAUUUGCAGUUCUUACAUCCGACAACAUAGUGCAUAUUUUAUCCUAUGGCAAAUCCAAAGUAGGUGGUUCAUGUGUAGACAUUCACUGUCUCGAAUCCUACUCUGAUUCCGAUCUGUCCACCUAUGUUGAAACACCCUAUGAUAAGAGGUUUCUAUUCAAUUCUAUUCACCAACCUAAUAGACGUACCACACCCAACCUCCUCGUCUCUCCACCUGUGGCUGAGCCUCCUACCCACUACGAUACCUCUAGGCAAUUAAUCAACCUCCAUUUACAUGAUGUAACCUCACAAUACUAG